AUGGAGAGCGAAAACGCCGCAGCCAAAGAGGGGCCUGGAGCGCCGCGCAGCAAGUCGGACAGACUGCGACUCGUCUUCAAGGACCCCGUCCAGAAGGCCAACGCGUUCGCCACCACGCCCCUCGUCCCGCAGGCGUCGCCGGAGGGAGCGACGCCCGCCCCCAGGACGCCCAGCCCGGACAGCCAGCGUCCUGCCGCGGAGCCCUACCUGAGCGGCCAGUCCAGCGGGGAGGCGUCGGACGCCAACGGCUCUCAAUCACCCUCAGAUCUGCUCGGCGCGGCGACGCCAGAGAAGAAAGAACAAAACGGAAAAAGAAAAACGGAAAAUGGCGUCGCUGGGAGCGGGAGGGAGGCGGAAGCGGAGGACGUCCCGGCAGAGGCGGAGUGGGAGCGCAAUGGGGAGUCCAUGGGAGAGCCUGGGAUGAAUUCUGGAUCGGGCAAAGGAGGUGGCAGGCGCGGGGGGGCUGAGGGGCCGCAUGCGGCAGCGGGAGGCGAAGGAAGGGCGGGGGAUCGGCUUGCGCGGGGCGGCGAGGGGAGGGGACGGCAGCGGUGGGAGGGGCAAGGCGUGGGCGGCUUGGCGGGGGUGGCGCGGGCACUGUUUGUGGCCGCCGCGGUGCUGAUCUUGGUGGCGGCGGUGACCCUUGGCGCGUUUUGCUUCAUGUGCGGGGACGAGAGGGUUCAAGACUUCAUGAGGGAGAGGGACUUUCAUCCAGUCUUCCAGAUGCUGGAACAAGGGUCAGUGCUGAGAAUUGCUGGGAUCGAGAUUCUCAAGCGCCUAGCCACUGACAGCAGAGUGAACAAAGAGGCACUUGUGGAGCUGGGGCUGGUGCCCAUGUUGGUGACCAUGCUCAGAACCCAUAGUGGAUGGCAGCCAGAGUUGCAGCAUAAGGUGGCUGCAAGAAUGUUACAUUUCCUGUGCAAAGGUGUCCCAAAGCAUGCAGAUGCUUUGCUGGCGAGUGGCGGGGUCCCAGCAUUGGUUGAAUUGGUCCAGGAGGGACCUGAGGCAGAGAAAGCAGCCACUGCAGCUGAGACACUGGCUGUGCUGAUGGCAAACCAAGACUCCGUUUAUGCAGAGAGCGUUGUGGCAGCGGAUGGAGUCGAGGCCCUAAUUAACCUGCUUGAAGGCGCCGACUCUCCUGUGAGUACAUCUGCUGCAUGGGCACUGGCCAACCUGGCAGGCACCAAUACAACAGCCCAGGAUGCGAUCAGGAUGACUGAUGGUUUGGAGCAUUUGGUUCGAUUGGUUGGGGCUGGCAGCGAAGCAGUGACAUCACAUGCUGCCAUCCUUGCCCUUGGCAAUCUCGUUGUCCACAAUUCACGCAAUCAAGAGGCUGUGUAUGAAGCUAUGGGAGUGGACGCUGCUGUAACACUGUUGGAAUCUUCCAUAGAUACCACUGCAGAGGAUCAUGUGGAUGCUGGGAUCAAGAGGCAGCUCAUCGAACAGGUUUUCGAGGCUUCCAAGGAAAGUGACGUUGUUAAGUCGGCAAUUCGAAAAGUCGGUGGUGCCGACCAACUCAUUCGUCUUGUGUUGCCUGAGGCAGCUGGGAAACUGUCAUUUUGGGAUCCUGACCGUCACGCUGUGGCCAAGGUCAUCGAAGGACCAAAUGGCACAGACAAAGACACUGCCAAACACAUUAUGGAACUACUUGCGAUGCUGCAGGCUGAUCAGGGGCACGUGCGGUUUGGUGGAAGUUCAUUCAUGUCUGUAUUCAAACGCCACAACGACCCCAUCAAAGUUCACAUUCGUUUGGCAGAGGAAGCAGCACCCCUUUCACGAGAGCACCUUGCUGACCGUGCCGCCUGGGCAAUUGGAAACAUCGCUGCAGGCGAUGCCAGGUGUCAAGAUGCAGUCAGGAAGGCAGGGGGCAUCGAAUUGCUGGUGACAAUGCUGGAGACAGCAUCUGCUAGCCCAAUCGGCGCCAAGUCAGCCGCAUCGGCCUUGACUCUGCUGAUUAGGAACAACAAGGAGAACCUCAAUGCAGUCUUGCGCACGAAUGCCGUUCAGAUGCUCCUCAGAAUCCUGGGAACGAAUUCGGACAAGGAGGUGGUGGACUCAGCGGCACACGUUUUGAAGGUCAUGGCGCAUGAAGGACUCUUCGACGGGGACGCAAAGGUAACGGCCAUCGGCGAAUGGAUCACUAGGCAGCUGCAGGCGGUCGGCCUGGAAAUCGACCCACAAAUGGCCCUUCUGUUCGGCGCCGCUGGACCAGUGGUCUGGCUCGCAAUGGCGAUUGUCAGGAAAACGUACAUGCAUCGGGGCUAG